AUGUUCUUGCUGAAGGAGAAGGAUGACACGCCGGCGUUGUUUACUGAAAUGGGCGAAUUAGGCCUGAAGGAAUGGAGGGAGACAGCACGUUGGGUGAAAUUCGAAGAAGAUGUCGAGCAGGGUGGCAAUCGCUGGUCAAAACCACAUGUGGCGACGUUAUCACUGCAUUCGCUGUUCCAGUUGAGAAGCUGCUUGUUGAAUGGACUUUUCAUGAAUGAUAUGCCUGAAACAGACCUGCCGGCGAUCAUCGGUUAG